AUGAGCGACAAAGAGAAUAAGAGCAAAGACACGGGCACGACACUAAGCGCUUCCUCCCUACCAUGGGUACCCUUUAUAUGCUGCUGGGCACCACUCAAACACGCGCCGUCCGGCCUCCUUGCGACUACGGCGGUUCCAUCUCCCCCACUGGGACAAGUUACCCAGACAUUGUCGGUUUUACAAACAUUUAAUGAAUUUAAUGCCUUCAAGACCAAGACUUGGACACCGUCUUCAAAAUUUAAUCGGUCAAAGCAGAGGAUCUGUAUUUUUGGAAAAGACUACAGGCACCUCGGAAAGUUAUGCUCUACCAGUUAUGUAUUGGUAGAGCUCACAUGGAAAAACGGCCCUCAAAAAGUACGCACGCAGGGCGUGCGUGUUGGGUCACCCAAUCCUGAGAAGCUCCUGGGGAAAAGAAGGGACAGGCCAAAAGGGCAAUUGUCUGCCAAGUAUGUUUUCGAACUCCCAAGUAAAUCUGCCAAGUGCGAUCUUCACUAUAUUUUUACCUCGUUCAGAGCCGUUCUACAGCACCGAUCAUCUAGAUGUUAUAGCAGAUGUCCGAACCGGCAUCUUAAUAAGAGACCGCAUCAGACACCACUUUCACGAAUGGUUUGCAACAAUUAUUUGCAAGCUACAUUGAUAAAAUUACAGUUGGGUAACUGCCACCUUGCCAUUGCCGCUGUUUACUGCCUACCCCACUUUACAGACUCCGAAGACCAAUUCGUGGACUUCUACAAUUCAGUUGGAGAGCGAUUUAUAGCAGCAGGAGAUUAAAACGCCAAGGACACACACUGGAGAUCCCGCUUUGUGACCCCCAAAGGAAGGCAACUAUAUAAUGCACUCAUAAAAACAUGCAACAAACUGGACUACGUUUCAACAGGCAGCCCUACAUACUGGCCUACAGAUCCUAGAAAACUACCUGAUUAAAUUGAUUAUGCUGUGACAAAAAAUAUUUCUCGCAAUUUAACAUCUGCGAAAUCGCUUUUGGAUCUAUCAUCGGACCACU